AUGGAGUACGAUUCCUUCGAUGCCAUUCUACAUUAUAUCUUUCGCAGCACACAAGGAGAUGCCUGGUUCAAACCGUCGGAGGAGAACGUUUCCGCGGGUGUUUGUAUCCGAGUAGAGCCAGGCCAUUAUCGCGUCUUUCCCUACGAGAACCCGUUCUUGACACCCUUCGAAGCCGCCGUGCGAGAGCUCAACCCACUCAUCGCAACCAAAGUCCGGAGUGCAGCUGUCCAUUCAGCACUGGCAACUGUGUCUGAAGAUUCCACGGCGAUCUAUAUCGACGCCAACACCCGAAUCCAAAUUCUCGAUACCGUAAGCCAUUUAGCAAGAGCCGAUAAGGAGCAGUGUGGAGCCUUCCUACGCGACGAACGAGUUCUUGUGGUAUGGUGCGACGACCUUGACCAGAUAAUCCCAUUAUGCACGGAAUUCAACGAGAAGAUCAUGAAACUCGUCUGGCGGACGCGGAUGAUGCACACAAGCUCGAUCUUCACCUCCCGGUCGUCCCUUCCCGUCCCCUCAAUAGGCUCAAGCGCGCACAUUAACGAGAAAGCACCCGACAUUAUCCCCACUGUUGGCACCACGAAACCUGUCGAGCCCGAGCAGCCACCGCCGCCCCCACGUAAAUGGUACAGUUGGAAGCUCUCUCGGAGUAAACCGACUUCGGCGACCCAGUCAUCCGACCCAGAGAAAGGUGACGACCGACAAGAACGGCCUGUUCGCCUAUUUGCACCCUUCUAUGCCGGACUAGGUUUUGGACUUUCAGUCUUCUUCGUGGCCAGCGGCUUAGCCAUCGUACUACAAGAGUUCCGACUGGAUGGCGACUUCACUCGUUUUGCUCUUCUCGUCACCUUCCCUUUCCUUGUCUGUGUUGCUUUGUUCUUCGCCCUCCAAAUCAUUGCCAACGUCUCUUUCUGCAUCGGUCCCGUGGCGCAGUAUCAUGAAAACUCCAAGUACUACUCUGCUAUCAAGCCCGCACCGAACGAUGAGGUCGACUCCAAACUGCCUCAUAUUACAGUGGAGCUUCCGGUUUACAAAGAGAGCUUAGAGGACACAAUAGCACCCUCGGUCUAUUCUUUGAAGAAGGCUAUGCAGACGUAUGCUCGCCAAGGCGGUACUUCGGCAAUUUUUGUGCACGACGACGGUCUUCAACUCCUCGACGAAGCAGAACGCGAGAAGCGUAUCGCCUUCUACGCCGACCACAACAUCGGAUGGGUCGCCCGGCCUCCCCACUCGAACGACCCCGAUGGCUUCCAGCGUGCCGGUCGCUUCAAGAAAGCUUCCAAUAUGAACUACGGCCUCCAGCUUUCAUUAUGCAUGGAGAAGCACAUCAUGGCUCUCGAAGCAUCGGGAGAAAAGUUUGACGACCCCUUCCAGCCUUUGGAAGAGCGUGCUCUGGAACUAGCAGUCGAGGAGAUUUACGAGCAGAGUGGGAAGAGGUGGAAACCCUGGGCCUGCAAUGCGCGUUCACUUCGCAUCGGAGACAUCAUCCUACUCGUCGACUCCGAUACUAUCGUACCAGAGGACUGCUUCAGGGAUGCGGCGCGCGAGCUUCACGAGUGCCCUGAGGUCGCGAUCAUUCAACACGAAUCCGACGUCAUGCAGGUGGCCCAUCACUACUUUGAGAACGGUAUCGCAUACUUCACUCGACGUAUCAACAAGUGUAUCUCGAUGGGUUGUGCCAAUGGCGAAGUGGCACCUUUCGUCGGCCACAACGCCUUCCUUCGAUGGUCAGCCCUCCAAGAGGCUUCUUUCGUCGACCCAGAUGAUGGUGUCACGAAAGUCUGGUCCGAGUCCAACGUGUCCGAAGACUUUGACAUGGCGUUGCGGUUACAGCUCAAGAACUACAUCAUUCGAUGGGCGACGUAUUCUGAAGGUGGCUUCAAGGAGGGUGUAUCGUUAACGUGCGACGAUGAGCUGAACAGGUGGCAGAAGUACUCUUACGGUUGCAGCGAGCUGAUCUUCAAUCCCAUCAUCCGCUGGUGGCGACUCGGCCCAAUCACGAAGCAACUUCGCGUCUUCCUCUGGUCCAGCGCGCCUGUGCACUACAAGAUCACAAUGAUGUCCUACAUGUUCUCUUACUACGGUCUCGCUGGAUCAUUCCUCCUCUCCGUCAUCAACUACCUCAUGCUCGGUCUCGCUCUGGAGGUGGAUGGAUUCUACAUGCACAGUUUCGAGAUCUUCCUCGCUUGCACUGUCGUUUUCCCUGGUCUGGGUAACGUUGGAUAUACCCUACUGGAGUACCGGUUAGGACACAAGGAUCUUUUGAGGGGAUUGUUCGAGAACUUGAUCUGGGUUCCGUUCUUCUUCUUCUUCUUCGGUGGACUCAGCAUCCACAUCUCAGUCGCCAUCCUCGCCCAUCUCUUCUCCUACAACAUCACCUGGGGCGCCACCAAAAAGGAAGUCGAACGGUCCAACUUCUGGAAAGAAGUUCCCAAGAUCUUGAAGCGGUUCCGUGUCGCGCUCAUCAUUUGCGCCAUCGUCACCAUCGCUAUGAUCGUGCUGGCUACACCCCUUGUACCCUUGGCAUACCGUAUUCCGAUCUACUCGUGGGCUGUUGUCCUCCCCCUUGCAAUUGCGAUUGCAGGACAUGUGUUGUACCCAGUCGUGCUCAACCCCUGGUUGAUGAUCUUCUCGUACUAA